AUGAGCAAUGAUAACCAACUCGGAAAACAGCACAGACAACCAAUGCUCAGGCUAUAUUACAUGAUAAGUGACGGGAAAAAAUGUUUGAUGAUUGGGAUGGCUGAGCUUUUCGCUUUUGUCAAGGCACUAGAGCACGACUGGCAUGCAGUCAUGAGGGGAGUCUCGAUUGAGUACGGCUCCAAGAACAAGACUCAACACGACCUUGCAAUCUCAAUUGGCUGGCAGAAGCCACCAAAGAGGAACCCAGAUAACCGCAAGAAAGCCGAUCAGAACGAUGGACGAGCUCCUGACACAACCGCGACAUUGCUUCCUAAUAAUGUGGGUGGUCGGCCGAGGAACUCUCCAAACCUAAACAAGGAUCCGUUCUCAACGUACAUCUCUUACUCGGCAUCCCAAGAUUAG